AUGUUAUCAAAAAAGAGUUUAUAUAUUUUAUCAAUAUGUUCAGUAUUAACAACAAUUUUUAUAUUUACAAUUCUUAAAUACACAUGCAUUUUUAGAUCACAUUCGUGUGCAUCAACUAAGAUAUCCUUAAAAGAUACUGUAUUAGCUCAAUUUGACAUCGAUGUUGCAUUUAAAGAAUACGCAAAAAUAUUUGAUACAUCUUUGAAUAACAAAGAAGAUUUCGUAUUUAUGACUAAAGCUUACUAUUAUAUCUUUAAAAUACCAAAAAAAGUAUUGGAAAAGUAUUAUCGUGAUGUUUUUCAUGAGUUUUCAAAAGAAUCAUCUACGGUUAUCUCUUCCCAAGAAUCUGAAGACUCUAUACUCCAGAUUCUUAAUAAAUUCCAAGAAAAACUUGAUUUUCUUUUCUCUAUUCGUCAUACUAAAGAAACAUACGUAAAUGCAGUUACAACAAUCAUGGAGGGAUUGGUUUUAUACAAAAAAUUAGACGUCGGGCUUGUUAAUUUUUUUUUAAGAUUUAUCCGAAAUUUCGAUACAAGUUUGAACAGCCUUUUAGAAGACGAUUUAAAAAAUAAAUUAACAGAAAGGAAACUAAAAGAGGGGGUAUUAAUGUUAUCAUAUAUUGAAAAAGCACUAAUUGGUAUUUAA